CCAAGGUGACCACCUCUGGGCCCGCCGAGUCGCGUCAGACGGAUACGCAGCCCGCUUUCUUUUUUUUUUCCUUCUCUUCUCUACGGGAAGCACGCUCACGCUCGGGCCCGAUGACGUACAACUGACCGGCGCGAGUUCACUUCGUUCGGGGUUCGUUUUCCGUGUGACCAUACGCGUGCUUGAAAACGGGGGGUGCGAAAGAAAUAGGGAUCAAGACGACCGAAAACGUGAGAAUCAGAAGAAUCGUCGAGACGAUAGUUUCUGUGGAAGAAACGAGGAAUUCGUGAGAGAGAGGACAUGGAGAGGACGUGGCGGAGUAUACGGAAGACAACUUUAAUCUUGUUGCUGCCUUUGCUUUUAGCCAGGGUAAACUGCGAAGCUCCACUGGUGGACAGCAGUGCGUUGCCUUUGGAACACAGAUCGGUUUAUGGACCACCGGCACAAUAUGGUCCUCCGGCAACGCACGGCGCUGAGGAGAAUUGGCCGCUGGCGUCGCCGGACACGCCUCAGAUUAAGCACUUGCAGGUGCAAUGCGAGAAGACGCACAUGCGGGUGAACAUCGAGUUCGACAGGCCGUUCUACGGUAUGAUCUUCAGCAAAGGUUUUUACUCGGACCCGCACUGCGUCCACUUGAAACCCGGCACGGGUCAUCUGAGCGCGACCUUCGAGAUCUUCCUGAACUCUUGCGGCAUGAGCUCCUCGGCGAACCACAACGUGGCGGCUUACGGAGCACCGACACCGUCCGGCAGCUACGUGGAGAACACCAUAAUCGUGCAGUACGAUCCGUACGUGCAGGAGGUCUGGGAUCAGGCGAGGAAACUGCGAUGCACUUGGUACGACUUUUACGAGAAGGCGGUGACGUUCAGACCGUUCCAAGUGGACAUGCUGCACGCCGUUACCGCGAAUUUCCUCGGCGACAAUCUCCAAUGCUGGAUGCAGAUACAGGUCGGGAAGGGACCGUGGGCAAGCGAAGUGUCCGGUAUAGUAAAGAUCGGACAGACCAUGACGAUGGUGUUGGCUAUCAAAGACGAUGAGAACAAGUUUGAUAUGCUGGUGAGAAACUGCGUCGCGCACGAUGGAAAGAGGGCACCCAUUCAGCUGGUCGACCAGUACGGUUGCGUCGUCAGGCCGAAGAUUAUGUCCAGGUUCCAGAAGAUAAAGAACUUUGGCCCAAGUGCAUCCGUUGUCAGCUUCGCCUACUUCCAAGCGUUUAAGUUCCCCGAUAGUAUGAACGUUCACUUCCAAUGCGUGAUCCAAGUUUGUCGUUACAACUGUCCGGAACCGAAAUGCGGCCAUCCUGGACUUGAAUACGGCGCCCCAGCCACGGGUCUUACUCAAGAGUAUGGUACACCGGUUCACCAAAGCCUUGGUCCCGAGUACGGAGCACCGCCUGUACCUGAAUACGGUGUACCACCUGGGUUCGCUGAUCCCCGACAUCCCAGCGGACCUGCCGGUAAUAUCUAUCGAACGGUCACGCUAGUGUCCAGCCACGUGUACAAACGAGCCGCCCAGGAGAUGACGGACGUGAACACGUCGCGGACGAUCCAGGUGGUUGCACCGGGCGAUGUGAACUUCGCUUUGGGCACGACGAAUUCCAGCAACGACACCACCGUCGUUAUACAGAACGCCAGCGCCUCCGCCGACCCCGAGACCAUCUGUAUGAGCUUGCCAGGGUUCGUCGGCGGCCUCGUGAUGCUCCUGCUCGUCGUGGUCGUCGCGUCGCUAGUCGCCGCGUUCCUGUUUGUCAGAGUGCGUGCCGUCGACCGGAAAAACGCCGUUGCCGGGAGCGGAUUCGUUCAUCCGGCGUUCGCAGCCGAGAACUGCGCCGUGCCGAACCCAGAAUUCGUCAAGGUGGCCAAUUAAUCGAGGCCGCUGCGACGGAACGGACUCUCACAGUGAAGAAUCGAUCGAUUUCUUCUUUCUCGAGGAUGGCCAAACUCGAGGACGAACAACGUGUGCUGGAAUAUUAUUUAAUUACUUUACGUCCGAGUCACCGCGAACAUUCCACUCGUUCUCUCUUUAUUCAGACUUAUCCUUUCGUGAUCAGGCUCCGUUUCUCCUCAGCUAAAUCGUAUGGGCUGCUUACCUGUUUCGACCAGUCGACUUGGACGAAAGGACGGGCGGAAUGUUCGGGUACCGUGUAAAUAAGUGCACUAGAAACGCGACUCUACAGGAGAGAGAAAAAGAGAAAAGGAGGAUGAAUCAAAGAAUCGCGUGAACGACGACGCUGGAGCACGUCCUAUUCCUAUUCUGAUCACGUUUGCAUCGCGUACGAGGCUAUCCGUACAAAUUCCUAAUACCGCUCGAAUCCCUUCAAUAUCCGUCCAUAACACUUACGUACAAAAGAUUACGAAUACUUAUCCUAGUAAUGGUAGAACGUGCUGCAGAGUGAAUCGUUUUAGGCCAGACUUCGUAGCACGUGGGACUUGAAAAAGCGGCUUAAUCACGCAUAAAUGAGGCGGUAAGAAUAAAUGGCAGCGUGCUGCGGGGGUAAGGUUCGUCGACGAUCGCCAGAGCAGUCGCGGGGGGCAUUGUAAAUAAGUCAGAAGUAGUCAGACGGCCCCUCGCGACCAGCGGGUUUCAUCGAAUUCCGCGUCCUCGAUCACAAAGUGCGUGCAUAGCUUGGCAAGGCAAAAGUGAAGUCUCCAGAUACACAUCGAGAUAAAAGACUCGGUGAACAAAUGAAUUCACAUCGUUCAUUUAUUCACCGGAAUAAAGUCCAUCAGAAUUAUUUAGCGGAUGUACCUUCUUGUACAGGGAGAAAAUGAUUUUUAAACGUAAAGGGAACUUCGCUUUUACUCGGCUAAACUAUACUUGAUUAUUUAUAUGUUCGUAUACUUCGAAUGAUAUUCCUUUUUUCCAAUUUCGCGUUGUACCUCAUGUUUCGUGCACCACGUGUUCCACGUGAAUCGGAACCCGUGACGAUCUUUCGUGUAUGCCUUAUUUAUUAUUCUUGUUACAUCUCUAACUCCACGAUCUUCCCGAUUCGAUCGAUCUAACCCUAAUUUAUUUGUCGAAAUUCCUGCGAACAUAAUUUUUUUUUUUUUUAUUUCCCCCCCUCAUCUUUCAUUCUUCCCACGGUCUCUCUACCACUUCCCCCCUUUAUUCGCUUAGUAUUUAAGACGUUUCGAGAACAGACAUUCUCCGCGUAGGGGAAUGUGUUUCAAGUAUGUGUUUUAAGCACACGCGAAAAUACGCGUAUAAAUAAACGAAUGUGCGCGAGGUUACUUCGUACACAUUUAAUUACACCAUGGCGGCGCGAGGAAUGUGUACACCAUAAGACAAGAUUUAAUUCUUUCAUGAUUAUUUUAAUUA